UCCGGGGGAAAUUAAGGAGCAGUCGAAAAGUCUCGAUUUCGGGAUAAAGAAAGUGGCGGCUGAGAAAGUGAAGGGAUGGAGUUCGGCUCUUAAAGAAAUUGCGAGUAUGGUUGGGAUGGUUUCUAAAAAUCAAUAUGAUGGCUAUGAAGCUAAGUUCAUUGAGGAAAUUGUUGGUGUACUCAAAGGCAAGCUAGCUCACAAGCACCGGAGUGUUGACAACCAUCUUGUAGGUAUGGAUUUGCGAACUGAGCAUCUUAAUUGUUGACUAAAAGAUAGGUCGAGCGGGGUUGGCGUCCUUUUGACAUAUGGAAUGGGUGGAAUCGGGAAGACGAUGAUUGCUAAAAUCGUGUACAAUUCAAACCAUCAUAUUUAUGAUGCUGCCUGUUUUCUGGAAAAUGUUACUGGAGUUUCCAAAGGACACAAUGGAUUAGUUGAUUUGCAGAGACAUCUUCUUUCGGAUAUUUCAGGGAAAAACGACCGCAUAAACAAUGUUGAUGAUGGACGUUGGCGGAUCAAUUAUGCAUUAAGUAACAAAAGAGUUCUUCUUGUCCUUGAUGAUGUGGAUCAAACAGAACAACUAUUUGCAUUAGCUGGCCAACAAGAUUGGUUUUCUCAGGGACGUAAAAUUAUCAUAACCACUAGGCUCAAGAGCUUGUUGAAGAAUGCUGAUGAAAUUUAUGAUGUGUACUGGCCUGAAAAAUUAUCUCAUGAUGAAUCACUUGAGCUUUUCAGUUGGCAUGCUUUUAGACAAAAAUGCCCUAUUAAAAGUCACAUUGACUUAUCAAAAAGGUUUGUGCAAUACUGUGAUGGGCUUCCUUUAGCUCUGCAAGUAUUGGGAUCUUCUUGUCGAGAGAAAAGUAUAGAUGUAUGGGACACAAGCUGCAAGCACAUUCUGAUAACACCAUUCUGGAAAAACUUGAAAUAA